AGGAACCAUGAGGACUUGAGUGGUCGGAAGCGCGGCAAAGCGAAGUGCACAGCAGCGCGUACACGGCUACUAGACGAAAGCAUCGGCUCUGGCCUCGGUAUAGUCACGGGAUCACCGCGACUAGCGCGAGCUGCUGCGUCACGAGCGUCGCUAACGAUUCGGCGAAAGAAACGGCGAAAGAAGCAGCGCUGACUCCAGAAGUAGUAGUAGCAGUUAUGCCGGAAGCUCGAACUUCGCGAGCGGUUGGAUGCCGUUGGAAUGCGAACUCGUCCUUGAAAAAGAAGACAGAGAGUACAGCGGGAGGCCGUGUUGAUACUUGGUCGGCCGCGGUGCUGUUUCAGGGCAAACCAGCAAGGACGCAGUAAAAGCAGAGGACGAGGAGGAUCGAUCGUCUGUGCAUUUUUAGUCGACUGAAAAAUCACCUACGCCCCCUGGUUCACCGUGCUGGUGGCGGCAUGGCCUGUUUGCGGGCUGGUCAUAGCAGCGUGGCUGCUCUACUCCAAGCACUCGGAGUAUGCAGCGCGGAGGGAGGAAGCGCUGGAAGUGUGGUGCAAGGAGCGCGCGCUCAUGCUGCAGCAGCUGGUGCUCACCCAUGCGGGGCAGACUCAGACACUCGCUGGCAUCAUUUCAGUGAAGGGCAAGCCGGGCCAGAAGGGCAAGUGGGAGCUGGACGCAUGCUUAAACGGCAGCAUGUGGCGGCAGUACCUCACUCUCACGGCGUAUGCGCGGCCGGGAAACACUGGGGCAGUCUCGUGUGUGUUUGUGAAAGACGAAGAGAGUCUCGCAUGGAGUAGAAGCAGCAGCAGCCGACGCUGUGACGCGUGCGUGCCUCACUGGCCUGCGCAUCCUGGUGGUGGAUGUCACACCCGUCAACCUCAUGGUGGCCCGCUGCACCCUCACCCGCUGGGGUGCGGUUGUAGCAACGUCGAAGAGCAGGGAGGAAGCUGUUGAGAUGGUUACUGCAGGCUUGGAGGAGAGUGGAGGGGGGGCCACAGUAUUGAUGGCGAGGAGCGGGGAGGAGGUGGUGGAGUGGAGGUGGCUGGUGCACGAAUGAAGGAGAGAGGAGGGGGGGCUGCAUUAUUGAUGGCGAGGAGCGGGGAGGAGGCGGUGGAGGUGUCUGGUGCAGGGCUGCAUGCAAGAGGGGAGGAAACGGUGAGGAUGUCUGGUGCACGAAUGGAGGAGAGAGGAGGGGUUGGGGGCACAUCAUGGCGGCACGGAUUUGACUUGGAUCUCAUGGAUCUUCAAAUGCCCGGCAUGGAUGGGUUUGCAGCAGCAGAUGCCAUUCGAGCUCAUGAGAGGAAGCAAGUAUUGGAGAUGGCCUUUAAGGCACGGCAGGCACCUGCUGCUGCUGCUGCUGACUGGCAGGCACCUGCUGCUGCUGCUGACUGGCCAGCACCUCCCCGGGUGCCCAUAGUGGCGCUGACAGCAGAUGUGGAUUGUGGAGUGGUGCAGAGGUUUGCAGAGGGGGGGUUUGACGGGGUGCUGCAGAAGUGGACGCCCACCUGCUGGCGGCUCACCUCAGCCAAGCGCAGCUCCAGCAUUCCCUGCUGCGGGUGGUGGAUUGUCACCAGGGCUUCAGAUUGGAUUUUGAGGGGCUGUUGGCUCAGGGUGCCCCUAGCAAAAGCCCCUGUUUUUCAGGGUCGGGUUUUGGAAGUUGCAAUUUUUUUCAGGGUAUUUUUUUUCGAAGGCUGAAUGUUCAGGACUGAAAAAAUUCAGAGUUGAGAUGAUAGGGUUGAAUCUUGGAGAUUUUUUAGGGUAAGUAGGAUUUUCACCUAGCACACUAUGUUAGACAGUGCAUGUUUUGUCAGGCCCAAAAAAUACUAAGCCCCACU